AAAAACGGUUCUAAAAAUAUUUGUAACAAUUAAAGGAUUUGUCGCAUAAUCUAACACUACAUUUGUGCCGAUGUGAUUAACGAUAUGAACGUCGCAACUCAAUUCAAUAAAUCUAUUCUGAAUGAGUCAAUGGCGGUCGGAACAAGCCACAAGUUACCAAUGGCCAGAAAGUGAAUUCCAGUGUGCAGUGCAGGUUUUACAACAGCAUGGACUUGGCCAUAUUAUUGAAGAAUGGUUCCUAGAAAACAUUCAGCAGGACUUACGACACAGGGUGGCUCCACAGUUCUGGAGUUCUUUUGAUGACAAAAAGUUGAAGACUGAUGAAGAAAAACUCAAAUCUUGUGAAAAAAACGAACACUUGAAAUCUGGUGACAGGUUAUAUGAAGCUGUUGACUAUCUGCACAGUGUUACAAUGCAGACAAUUCCUUGCAUUGACAGACUGGAAGCAUUAAGAUUACAGGAAGAGUCCUACGGUCCUCCUGUAUCCUCUAAAAGAAUAUUAAAUAUAAUUAUUACAUAUUACAAAGCAAUCAUAUUUUUUACUGUUCCUCAUUGUUUCCUGGCGUGUGUUGAACGAUUCUACAGUGAAGCUUUCAGAGUGUUUCAACACAGCAGCUCUGAAGAUCCUGAUGGAGAAGAAGAUUCACCAACAUGCAAUGGUUGUGGAGAGGAUACAGAUAACUGCAAGUGUUCAACUAUUAUGGAGAAAUUUCAUAAUGUCAACCGAAAACUAGACGAGAUUGGCGUGUUGGAGAGAAUAUCUGGAACAGCUGUCACAUCAAUUGUGCAUCACCAGAUUGAGCAGAAUAUUGAAAGCACCUGCAAAGGAAACUUUGAACACUCGUACAUUGAAGCUCUUGAAAAGUGGCUAGAUACUAAAGUUCUCGGAUGGUUAAACAUUGUCUAUGCAAGCAGCCGGUCAUCAUCAGGUCCAGAGAGUAUAUCAGCAUUUAGAGAUCGUCUGUUGCACUUCUUGUACGAAACGUACGCCAAGACACUGAUUGACCAGCUGUUUAACAUUAUUAUUGAGUUUCCCGAGUCGGAGCCUGCAAUCGCUGAUCUCAAUAUAUGUCUGGAAAAGACUGACUUCCGUACUCAUCUUGUGACGUCACUGAGGGCAGCUCUUGAAAGCAGACUGCUACAUCCUGGUGUGAAUACUGCAGAUAUUUUGACAGCUUACAUCUCUGCCAUCCGAUCUUUGAGAGCUCUCGAUCCUGCUGGAGUGAUUCUUGAACUUGUUUGUGAACCAGUUAGGAAGUAUUUACGGUCUCGAGACGACACUGUGCGGUGCAUCGUGAGCAGUUUGACCGACGAGGGCAGCAACGAGCUCCUCGACGAGCUGGUCAAGGCUCAGCCACUCCUCUUGGACGAGGGACUCACCAGUGAUGACGACACUGACGACUGGCAGACGUGGAUGCCCGACCCAGUGGAUGCAGACCCAUCGAGCACAUCGAAAAGUCGCCGUGCAUCUGAUAUCAUCAGCAUGCUUGUGAAUAUUUAUGGAAGUAAAGAGUUGUUUGUGAAUGAGUACCGCACGUUGUUGGCUGACCGGAUCCUCACACACUUCAACUACGACAUCGAGAGAGAGCUGCGUUAUUUGGAGUUACUCAAACUUCGCUUCGGGGAGACCCAGCUGCACUAUUCCGAGGUGAUGCUCAAAGAUGUCGCAGACUCAAAGAGAAUAAACUCAAGGAUUGCAGAAGAAAAUGAACAGCUAGGAGUAAAAGAGAACAUUGAUGUGAAUGCCAUGAUCUUGUCAGCUCAGUUCUGGCCGGCAUUCAGGGAGGAGAAGAUUACACUGCCGGAGGAGAUGCAGCACUCUCUGGAAUGUUUCACCAAACGAUUUGAAGCCCUUAAGGGAAACCGCACUCUCAACUGGAAACCACAUCUUGGACUUGUUAACAUCGAUAUUGAAUUGAAAGAUCAAGUGUUCUCAUUUUCUGUAUCUCCAGUACAUGCAGCAAUCAUUAUGCAGUUUCAAAAUCAAGAUAAGUGGACAGUUGAUGAGUUGAGCACAGUUCUUGAGAUGCCGGCCUCGGCACUGCGGCGUAAGAUCACAUACUGGCAGAGUCAGGGGCUGCUGAAGGAGGAGGUUCCCGACAUGUUCAUGCUGGUGGAGGAACACAAGGGUCACAGCCAAGAUGUGAUGAUACCGGACGAGGACGAGACCGAGUCAGCCAUGGCUUCAGCUCAGGAACAGCGGGAAGAGGAACUACAGGUGUUUUGGACUUACAUUGUUGGCAUGCUGACCAACCUGGAUUGUCUGCCUCUGGAGCGGAUUCACAGCAUGCUGCGUAUGUUUGCCAUGCAGGGCCCAUCAGCAGGGGAGUGCAGUAUUCAUGAGCUUAAAGGGUUCCUCGACACAAAAGUGAAAGAACAAAAAUUAAUAUAUUCAGGUGGUGUCUACAGACUUUCAAAGUCAACAUAACAUUUCACUUUAACAGAUUUGUGUGAACACCUUGUGAUAUUUCCAUUAGGAAUGACAAAACCUGACAGUGAAGCUUGAUGUGUGAUAUUCAUGAGUAAAACCAGAAAAGCCAAGUCCAAGAGCUUUAUACAUGUAGCUGAAUAAAGAUCUUUGACUUUA